AUGUUUGGUAAGAUCGCAAGUACCGGAUGGAGGUCUGUUACGGCUGCGCUUCGGGGGCCAGUCCCAUUUCAGCGUGGAUUCCAAGUUUCUGCGAUGAGAAAAUCGUAUGAGGAGGAGAAGAUUGUUAUUGAUGAGUUAUCCGCAAAACUUACCGAUGAAGAUGUUGCUAGAUUGGGACGUAUGAGAAAUAUUGGUAUUUCUGCCCAUAUUGAUUCUGGUAAGACCACGUUCACUGAGAGGGUGUUAUUCUAUACCGGUAGAAUCAAGGCGAUUCAUGAUGUUAGAGGUAGAGACGGUGUUGGUGCAAAGAUGGACCAUAUGGAUUUGGAGAGAGAGAAAGGUAUUACUAUUCAAUCUGCGGCAACUUAUUGUUCUUGGGAGAGAGCUCCAGGUAAGAAUUUACAUUUCAAUUUAAUCGAUACCCCAGGUCAUAUUGAUUUCACCAUUGAAGUUGAAAGAGCUUUAAGAGUCUUGGAUGGUGCUGUUUUAGUUGUUUGUGCUGUUUCUGGUGUUCAAUCUCAAACUGUUACUGUUGAUAGACAAAUGAAAAGAUACAAUGUUCCUAGAAUCACGUUUAUUAACAAGAUGGACAGAAUGGGUGCUAAUCCAUGGAAGGCCAUCGAACAGAUUAGAACCAAAUUAAAGAUUCCUGCUGCUGCUGUCCAGGUUCCUAUUGGAUCCGAAAAAGAUUUAAUUGGUGCUGUUGAUAUUAUUAAUAGAAAAUCUAUCUACUAUGAAGGUUCUCAAGGUGAAAAAUUAAGAAUUACUGAAGAAAUCCCUGCUGAUUUACAAGAUCUGGUUGAAGAAAAGAGAAGUGAAUUGAUUGAAACCUUAGCAGACGUUGAUGACGAGAUUGCAGAAUGUUUCAUUGAUGAAGUUGAACCAAGUGUUGAGCAAAUCCAAGGUGCCAUUAGAAGAGCUACAAUCGCAAGAAAGUUUACUCCUGUUUUCAUGGGUUCUGCAUUAGCUAAUAAAGGUAUUCAACCUGUUUUGGAUGGUGUUUGUGAUUACUUGCCAGAUCCUAGUGAAAUUUUGAAUACUGCUCUUGACUUGGGUAACGAAGAGACUCCAGUUAAUUUGGUUCCAUCUUCCACAUCGCCUGCUGUUGCAUUGGCAUUCAAGUUGGAAGAAGGUAAAUAUGGUCAAUUGACUUAUUUAAGAGUCUAUCAAGGUAAAUUAAGAAAGGGAAGUAUGAUCACCCAUGUUAAGACUGGAAAGAAGAUCAAGCUUGCAAGAUUAGUUAGAAUGCAUUCUGAAGAAAUGGAAGAUGUCGAUGAAAUUCAUGCAGGUGAGAUCUGUGCAACCUUUGGUAUUGAUUGUGCAUCAGGUGAUACAUUUACUGAUGGUAGUGUCGACUAUUCUAUGAGUUCUAUGUUUGUUCCAGAUGCAGUUGUUUCGUUAUCCAUUUCGCCAAAAACUAAAGAUGCAGCUAACUUCUCCAAGGCUGUCAAUAGAUUCCAAAAGGAGGAUCCAACCUUCCGUGUUCACUUCGAUAAAGAUUCUAAGGAGACCAUUAUUUCCGGUAUGGGUGAGUUACACUUGGAAAUCUAUGUUGAAAGAAUGAAGAGAGAAUACAAUGUCGAAUGUACUGUUGGUAGACCAAGAGUUUCUUACAGAGAAUCCAUUCUAGGUUCUGCACCAUUUGAUUACACACAUAAGAAGCAAUCUGGAGGUGCCGGUCAAUUUGCAAAAGUUAUGGGUAAGAUGGAAGCAACUGCAAAUGUUGAUCCUGAAGAAAUCGGUGCAACAUUAGGUGACGAUAUCAAAUUCCGUAACCACUUCCAAACCAAGGUUGUUGGUGGUAAGAUUUCUGAAAAAUUCUUACUUGCAUGUCAAAAAGGUUUUGAAGACUGUUGUGAGAAGGGUCCAUUAACUGGAUCUCGUGUUCUUGGUGUCCACAUGGUCGUUGAUGAUGGUGCAACCCACGUGGUCGAUUCUUCCGAAAUGGCCUUCAGAACCGCUACUCAAUUUGCUUUUAAGCAAGCGUUCUUAAACUCUCAACCUGUUGUUUUAGAACCUAUUAUGAAUGUUGUUAUUACUGCACCUAAUGAAUUCCAGGGUGCAGUUAUUGGCUUAGUCAACAAGCUAGGUGGUUUGAUUAAUGACACUGAAAAUGCUGCAGAUGACUUCAACUUAACCUCUGAUUGCUCUUUGAACAACUUAUUUGGAUUUGCUUCCAAAUUAAGGGCUGUUACCCAAGGUAAGGGUGAAUUCACCAUGGAAUUCAAGGAAUACCAACCUGCACCACCACAACUACAAAAGCAAUUAAUCGAAGAUUAUACAAAAAAGAAUAAAGGUGGUGAUAACUAA